UGCCGCUUCUCGGCGUGUGCAGUCAACAAAAAAAAGAAGUGCAGCUGCCACGCCCCCGCUCGCCCACUGUCAACCUUUGGCAACUUUGCUUGAAUUGCUUGAAAAAUUUAAUUAAAAUGCUGGCUGCUCCACUCGUGAAAAUAUUCGUUCAAUGAACACCCCUUCUGGAAUCGGUGGGAAAUCCUGUCAGGAUAGAGGGAGUCCUUGCUGGCCUCCGAAAUGCAGUAACAGCCACAAGCUGUUGAUUCAAUUACCAAUACGUUUGAUAAAAAUUGCACAUUCAAUGGGCAAAAACUGUUCCCUUUUUUACAUAUGCAGGGUAUAUCUUUUGUGCUGCCAAUUAAAUUAUUUCGAAUAUCAAUGCAAGUCAAGGGGACUUGGCAUUAAAUGUCGCAUCAGUGGCAAUCUCAAACUGCAUUAUAACGCAAAUGGGUUUAUGUUUAACAGUCACUUUGACUACCAACCCAUCGCAUCUUGUCAUCUUUACAUUCCCUGUCUCCUUGAUAUUUACAUGAACAAAUUAUUGUUUUAAACAUAUUCAGAUGUGCAAUGCAAACCCCCAGUACUGCUGCGUCUUUAUCGGAGUGGUGGCGAUUCUUUCAGGAUUUAUCGAAGGAGGAUACAAAGUCUACCAACUAGCCACUCUUAGUUUGAGUUACAUGGCCCUGGGAAUGGUGGUGGCCUGGGUUCUCAUUAUCAUGGCCGCAGUACUUCUGAUUCUAGGUGCUAUUAAGAAAAUCCGCUUUCUCUUGCUGAUCUGGAUAAUAGUCUCACUGGUUUGCGGAGUUGCUCUGAUCAUUUUAAAAACUGUAAUAUAUGCCUGCUAUUUUUCCUAUAAUCCUGAUAUAGCCUAUCACAUUUUUGGAGCCAGUUACAUAAUUUUGUUCUAUUACUGUUUUUAUUCCUGUACUUCCCAUAUGCGUAUAGGCGUCAACUGGAAGAUGAACUAUACGAAUAAAUGUGGUUAUUAAAGUACCAAUAAAACGGUUUUUACACCACUGUUUUUUGAAUGCAAUUGUAUUAGUCUUGAAAAAUGUUUACGAAGUUGAUUUUCAGUUAAACGAGAAGUUUGGUGUUGUUCUGCUCCUUCAAAAGCUGAAAACCUCCAAUGAAAAAUAUAAAAAUAUUUUUCGUUACGAACCAUUAUAAAUCCUUAUGAGCAAGUCUUUUGUGGUAUCAAUAAAAUAUUCUGCGAUAUCAACAGAAACCAAAGAGACUAGGCAUUUCAUGUCAAAUUAUUCAGUAAAUAAUUGAAAAACAGAUCUAUUUUUAAUGUUACAAGCAGUUAUAAUCCAAUAUCUAAUAAAAUCGAUGGUGAAUGACAUACAUUAUUACAUCGGCUUUCAAAUCAGAAAUGGAAAA